AUGUCUGCACCUGCUGCUGGUAACGCUCAAGGCGAAGUUCCAACUUUUAAAUUGGUUCUUGUUGGUGAUGGUGGUACUGGUAAGACCACUUUUGUCAAGAGACAUUUGACCGGUGAAUUCGAAAAAAAAUAUAUUGCGACCAUCGGUGUUGAAGUCCAUCCUCUUUCUUUCUACACAAACUUUGGCGAGAUCAAGUUCGAUGUGUGGGAUACCGCCGGGCAAGAAAAAUUCGGUGGGUUGAGAGAUGGUUACUACAUUAACGCUCAAUGCGGUAUCAUCAUGUUCGAUGUCACUUCUAGAAUCACUUACAAGAACGUUCCAAACUGGCACAGAGACUUGGUUCGUGUUUGUGAAAACAUCCCAAUCGUGCUAUGUGGUAACAAGGUCGAUGUUAAGGAGAGAAAGGUGAAGGCCAAGACCAUCACGUUCCACAGAAAGAAGAACCUACAGUACUACGACAUAUCUGCCAAGUCCAACUAUAACUUCGAGAAGCCAUUCUUGUGGUUGGCUAGAAAGCUGGCUGGUAACCCACAAUUGGAGUUUGUCGCAUCUCCAGCAUUGGCUCCACCUGAGGUGCAGGUCGACGAGCAAUUGAUGCAACAGUACCAGCAGGAAAUGGAACAGGCUACUGCUUUGCCAUUGCCUGAUGAAGAUGACGCUGAUUUGUAA